AAUAUAAUCAACAAGUUUUCUAUGAAAUCACAGCAAACUUAUUAUAAACUAUAUAACAAAGUCGUGCUUUUCAUUGGACUGUUGCCUAUCGCUUGUUCCUCAAGUGGAUCGCAUACCAGUGCAGCCAACAGUGCUUACGGUGUCUAAUAAAACUUAAUAUCAAGUUAUAGCUCACUAUGAGAGGCAUUUAUGACUGUCUUCGUUGAAAUCAAACACAAAUGGGAACCACUUUAUGAUGUUAUGUAUGCAUCGCUUAUAUGGAUUUAAAUGUGUGUCUAAUGUGUUGCCAGUCGUGCGCCUCAUUUGCUUCGGGCGCUAUUGUCCUCAAAAUACAACUAUAGCUACAACUACAACAAGUGCUAACAAUAAGACUUUUUCACUAACACCACACCACACAACACAUCCAUACAUCUCAACCAUCAACUUAUAAAUAUAUUAUUUUAAAUAUCAACUAUUAGUGAAAUACCAAACUUUUUUUGUAAUGUUAUGCUAAACUAAUUAUCAAUUCAAUAUUAAUGGCAAGUUUUUUGAUGUCAUACAAGAAUUAAUUUUGAAAAUUGAUCCCAUGUUAAGAAAAGUUGACUUAAACUAUAAAAAUAAGUGAAAGAAGUGCUGAUUAUAUUGAUGGCAAAGUUUAUUGCUUUUCACGUUUAAAGUCAUAAACUUGUCAUAAAAGGAUUUUCUGGUGAAGACAUUGGCUAUAAUUGUUUAGUAGAGAAGCCAUCAGUUGUGAAGUGAUGACCUCCUGAAGCCUAGAAACAGUGCUAUCAAUUGCUGAACAGUGCUCUCAUUGUUUGCCAUUCAAUACUUGACUUUUUAUAUCAUUUCAAAUGAAGAUGUGAUUGCAGUGAUUGUGCGGUCUUUCACUUAAUUAAUACUUUAUUUGUUUGAUGAUUACGUAAAUCCAUUAUUCAACGACUUUUUAUGAUAACAACAAUGAAGUUGUCUUCUUGUUGUGUAUUGACUUAUUAUAAGACAAUGUCUGCAAUAGUGUGGAUGACUUUGCUAUUGAUUCCAUCAAUAAAGUGUUUGCCCGUUAGUUAUACAGCUCUUAAUUAUCAACAAAUUAGUGAUGUCUGUGAUUGGGAGGGCAGCGGAUCCAUUGAGACGGACUCGGAUCGAGUCAUUGUUCCCGUAUAUCUUCGUUGUUCUCACGGAAUUGUUAAGUGGUUGUACCCGAAGGGAGGACUACGAGUUGUAUUAAAACACGGGACGUCUGAUAAAGAGUUUAGGGGUUGUAUACGAGUGGCCAGAAAUACAAGCAAAAGUGUCCGCAUGUAUGUUGAAGGCAACCAACAGUUACACAAACUUUAUGCCUUUGAUGACAAUAAAGACAUUGAUCUCUUAAGAUGUUUUGUAUCAAACAAUGGCAAGAUUGCAAUAUUCGUUGAGUCUGAGCCCUCACUAUCUAAUGAUCUCAUAUACAAAGACUUUGUUAAAUUCAGUUAUGACUUACAAAGUGUUUCAUCAAAAGAAGAGCUCAUUACCGAUGAUGAAGAGUGCAAACCCUGUGAUGACAAUCAAUUGCUUUCGCAGUACUGUACGAGUGAUUUCAUAAUUGAGGGAUCAAUUAAUUCUCUCUUUCAUAACAAGCCAUUAGAGCGUUCAGAAGUGACUGUUAGAGCGCAUCGGGUCAUCAAAGACCCGGUGGACAACACAUAUCAAACAUUAGGACAUAAUAAUAGUGUAUCAGUCGAUGCCAUCAUUAGUCAGUACGGGAUUGUCAAACACUAUACUAUUUAUCGACCGCUCAGAUGUCGGACCAAAGCUGGUUCGGGAACUGAAUUCUUAUUUAUUGGUCGAUGGCUUUUGGGAAGUCCUGUCAUCUCUUGUGCGCCAAAACUGGAACAUUGGAAACAUGUUAAGAGUAAAGCUCUGGAGAGCGGAACAAAUGAGUGCCAAUUAUUUUGAUGACAACUCUUGAGCCUAUCAUCUAUAGGUUGUUUAGUCAGUUAAAUGUGGCAAUUGAUGCCAUCGACGCCAUACAUGAGCCCUAAUGUUAAUUAAUGUUUAUUCAAAGCAAUAUGUUGUGUAUAAUAUGUAAAUAAAUUGAUAUUAACUGCCAAAGCAUCUAAUCUUUCAAUUGAAUCAAUUGAUUUGCUCUAUACUUAUAUUGCAAUUGUAAUACAAUACCAACUCAUAUAUACAUACAGUAUAUAUCUCUGUAAUAGUCUGUAUAUAUAAUAUUUAGAUAUC